AUGGCGCGUCGCUCUGCUCGUCUUUUGAAGCGCGAGGCCACGCCUGAUGGCUCAACAAAGCCCAACGACAGCCGGCACAACGCGUCCCCUGCAGACCUAGGACUUCCAGAUCUCCCUGAGCUCCCAGAACCAUGCACAAAGACCCCGUCGCAGUCAAAGCCCUCUGAGGGCGUCCAGCCUACAUCGCAGCCGCCGCAAGUACCAGCUAUGGCUACCCCUACGCCCCAUAAGAAUAGCUCAACCAAGCUGCCCGUUGCAGCUACAGAGAUUCACACGCCCAAGGACCGUACCACUAUCAAGCCUGCAGGUCAGGAAAUGCACCCGGCGCAUCAUCAUGCAAGCACGGCCAAGGUUUUGGAUGAGGCGCGUUGGCUAGGGUUCCAGUCGCUGGGCGCGCACACUGCACCACCAAAAGCAGCUGGUCUGGCCGCAGGCCAGGCUACUCCUUCCAAAACUCCUGUACCCACCACUACAGGCUUGACCUCAAACAUCGAGUCUUCGCCGGAUUUCCGCUUUCGGUUCAAGUCUCCCGUGCUCGAGGGCCCCAAACCAGACGAAGCCGGAUUGAGCCCAAGCUCGCGCAACAUCUUGAAGAGUGCCGGUAUCACAGGUACUCCUGGUGCCGGUAGUCGUGCCUUGUUUGGUACUAGCGAGUGGUCUUCCAAAGCCGAUGUGUCACCCCAACGCAAAAAGGCAGAAGCCAAGGGCAAAUUGGCCCGCUUCAGCGAUGUGCAUAUGAAGCAGUUCAAGAAUAUGGACUCGAUCGCCAACCACCCUUCUGCAUUCCGUGCCGAUCCAUCUCGCUUCAAGCCUGUUAUUGGCCAGCCGCUUAAGAAAUCGCCUUCAAAGCCUGACCUUGCGAAGCCUGAGACAAACAGACUCAAGCGCACACAGUCCAAGAUUGAUAUUGCAGAAUCGAGCGCAACUCCCAAUAGUAGUUUGAAACGCACGCAGUCCAAGUCGGCCAUGACAGGUUCUGGAAGCAACGUUCCGCCAACGCCAUUGAAACGCACACUGUCCAAGUCGGAUCUUGCCGGACCCAGCGUGCCACGUUCUGAGCCUGCGCGUCGCAUGGCGCCCCCAAACCGCGACGGCCGUCCCGCCUCACGAGAUGGCGAAAGCAGUCGUAACCCAACAUCAAAGCGUGUCAAGCGGACCGAGUCUGACGAUGCUGCGACUACCCGUCCCGAAUCUCACGAGAAGAACCCUGAAGAUUCUACGCCUGCGAUUGCAACUCCAGCGCGCAGGAUCACGUCUCAAACUGCGCUUCCCCGUCUGGCCGCCCGUCUGAUGACGCCCACAAGGUCGUCGGCCGCCCGUUCUCAAAGCGUCAAGACCCUGAAGACCACCUCGAUGAUUUCGACCUUUGGCAAACCACCUUCUACAGUCAAAAUAGCAAAGUCAGCAUCUACAGAUCAGGCAUCAUCUCCAUCCAGUAAGCUUAGUCAGAUACGGGCUGUGAGGGAUGGUGCAAGAGAGGGUCUGCGCAAGGCAAGUCACAACCUUCAGCUUGUUCGCUCCAUCCUUCGUACUCCCAACCGCAAGUACUCGAAUGACCCCAGCAAGAUCGCAGCAGGCACACACUUGUCUCCCCCUGUGUCUUCGAACUUGGACAAUGCCCUAACCGCAGUUCCAGCCACGGCUCCUGUGAAGAAGCACGUCAAUUUCUCUAGUAGUACUCUGGAGCGAGCUUCGCACGAAGAAUUGGGCAAGUCGCCGUCGCCAAUGAAGUUUGGCGCAGGCAGUGAGGUCCCCACCGGUGCCGUGAUAUAUCCCAACUUGAGCUCUGUCAUCAACAAUCUGGAGCGGUCCCAAGAAACCGAAACCUUGAAAGGCUCGCCAUCACGACGUCUCGUAUUCGGUGGCGAGGCCCCCAACCACCCACGCUCUUUUUCAUUUGAGUCUGGGAAGGCUGUCAACUUUGGUACGUAUGAUUGA